AAGAGAACAACAUGGCGACGCGCAUGCUGGGUCGCGCGGUUUUUGGAGCGUUUUCACGUUCCGUCACUCCGGCAGGGGCUCGCUCAUGCUGCAACGCAUCGCGAGUGACCCAGAACUCAUCGAGGAUUCAUUGGAUCGCAGCAGGCAUUGGAUUCGCAGGGAGCGCCUAUGUUUUCGGAGUCUCCAACACAAACAAUGCUGCAUCAUCGUUCGACGAUUUGAGACGGAUAACUGUGAAGGGAACCGAAUACCUUAUCGAAGAUGAGCAAUGGGCGAACAUCGUACCUCCACAGUUCACAGUUUCGAGGAAGGUCGACGGUCCGACGGAUCUGCCCGGCGUUCGACUGACAUUAUUCCAGUAUCAGACAUGUCCGUUCUGCUGCAAAGUCCGAGCUUUCCUCGACUUCGUUGGUGUUCCCUACGACGUCGUGGAGGUCGAUCCCGUGCUGCGGCAACAGAUUAAAUUCUCCACCUACCGCAAAGUUCCUAUCCUUCUACUUCAAGAGGGGGAUAACUGUUGGCAACUCAAUGAUUCCACUGUCAUCAUAAGCAUCCUGCAGAGCUACCUGCUCAAUAAGAACGACGGGAUCCGCAAGUAUCUCGGAUUGUACAGACCUGUGAAAACCAAAGAUGAUUCCGGCAAACAGGUAACUGAAGUGUACAACAAGUACAAUAUUAUGUUCGGGGUUUCGCAACCCGACAUGAAAGCGAUCCAAGAAGAGAUCCGAUGGAGGAAGUGGGCUGACGAAGUUUUGGUUCAUGUCCUAUCACCAAACGUCUACCGGACCCGAGAAGAGGCACUCCAGGCCUUCAAUUACUUCAGUGAGGCCGGUGAUUGGGAACGACUUUUCCCCGCCUGGGAGCGCUAUAUGGUGAUCUAUGUUGGAGCAACGGCGAUGUACUUCGUUGGCAAAAGAUUGAAACGGAAGUACAACCUCAAAGACGAUGUCAGGCUCAGUUUCUACGAUGAAUGCACCAAAUGGGUCAGAAAUCUCAAAGGGAAGACUUUUGCGGGAGGCGAGGAGCCUAAUCUCGCCGAUCUGGCUGUGUUCGGUGUUCUGAAUUCGGUGGAGGGCUGCUCGGCAUUCCAAGAUGUUCUCCAGCAUACAAAGAUCCAAAGAUGGUAUGACGACAUGAAAAAAGUCACGAGACGUUCCGAAUGAAAAUCCACCCUGUAAUGAGCCCGCUCUAGCUCUGUACAUUCUGACAACUGCUCUAGACCGAGAUAUUUAAACAGCCGCAAGUUCUAGCUCUUUUCGUUAUCGAUUGCUGCGGUGUGAUGAUGAUACACA